AUGCUGGUUCUAAAGUUGGUCAGCCUAGCGCUGGUUUUGGCCGUGGCCAAUCAAGCAAAUGGUCUAAAGUGGCAGAAAGAUGUGCCCAUUUUGGUGAAAACUUUAAAAGAUCUGCAACGUGGUCCGCCCAAGCAGACGUUGAAGCAUCGAGCAACAUACGCUGCAAAAUGGAUUACACAGCCCCUCGAUCACUUCGAUGAGAGCAAUAAAGCUACCUACAAAAUGCGUUAUUUGGUCAACGAUGAAUUUCAAACGGAAGGCAGUCCAAUUUUCAUAUUUUUGGGUGGCGAAUGGGAGGCACAGCCAAGCAUGAUUAGCGCAGGUCAUUGGUAUGAUAUGGCCAAGGAGCACAAGGGUCUAUUGAUCUACACUGAGCAUCGUUACUACGGAGAGAGCGUACCCACUGACACAAUGUCUACGGAGAAUUUGAAGUAUUUGCAUGUCAAGCAGGCGCUGGCAGAUGUAGCCAACUUUAUUAAGACCUACAAGUCGGAGAAUUCCCAGUUGACCAACUCAAAGGUGUUGCUUUCUGGCGGUUCCUAUUCAGCCACAAUGGUUGUGUGGUUCAAGCGUCUCUAUCCCGAUUUGGUUGAUGGUGGUUGGGCGUCCAGUGCCCCACUGUUGGCCAAGGUUGACUUCAGCGAGUACAAGGAGGUGGUUGGACGAGCUUUUAAGGAAUUGGGUGGCCAAAAGUGCUACGAUCACAUACAGAAGGGUAUAAGCGAUUUGGAGCAGAUGUUUGCCUCUAAUCGUGUUGCCGAGGCACGAGCAAUGCUGCGUCUUUGCAACAAUUUUGAUCACAAUAACGAUCUCGAUAUGUGGAGCUUGUUUGGCGGCAUUUCCAACAUUUUUUCGGGCGUGGCGCAGUAUCAAUCUUCUGGCGAAAUUCCGUAUUAUUGCGACUUUCUGUUGAGUUUUGAUGAUGCUGCCAGUGCCAUUGCCAAUUUUGCAUAUUGGGCGUGGGAAAAUCCAACCUGUAUCGAUGCACGCUAUGAAAGCACUGUCGAUUAUUAUCUUUGGGGCAUUGACAACUUUGACGCGUCUCGACCUUGGUAUUAUCAGACCUGUAACGAGUUCGGCUGGUAUCAGUCAUCAAAUUCGAGGAAUCAACCAUUCGGUAGCACGUUUCCAGCCACGCUCUACAUUGAACUCUGCAAAGAUGUCUUCAGCUCUAAGUACGCCAAUUCACUGAUUGCCAGCAAUGUGGCCCAGACCAAUGAGGAUUUUGGUGGCAUGAAUCCUGAGGUCGAGAAUGUCUACAUGACCCAUGGAGGUCUAGAUCCUUGGAAUCCCAUUGGUCAUGGCGUUGCCGAGGGUGCCACUGUCAUUUCAGGUGCCUCUCACUGUGCUGAUUUCGGUUCCAUCAGCUCCACGGACAGUCAGGAAAUGCGUGCCUCCAAGGAACGUAUUGCUGAAUUAGUUCGCAAAUGGUUGGCCUAAAUUUAGUCAUCCAUUGUUAAAUAACUUUUAGUACUGAUAAACAAAAUAAAGAUUAUU